GAACACCAGAGUAAAUCGCCCCUACACACUCACACACACUCACACACUCUACAGGAGCGGAAUUACAACAACAAGAUCCUUCAUCAUCACUGAUAAUCUCAUCACAUCGAGAUGGAGGAGCUGGACGAGACACAGCUGACGAACCUUGUGGAGAGCUUUAAACAGCAGCUGGAAUUCCCUCGGGAGAAAACAUCAGUGUCGAUCCCAGAGCUGAUUAAGUGGGUCGUGGAGAAGAUGCCCGAGGAUCCGUUCCUGAACCCCGAGCUGCUGAAGGUCAACCCGUGGGUGGAGACGGGGAAAUGUGUGAUUAUCUAACAACGGCUUCGAUUUCAUAGAGUUUAUUUUUGUUUUUAGUUGAAAUUGUUGUAAAAUAAAUCAUGUAACGUGUUGAGAAGUGAAGCUUUACAUCUGAUUUACAUCUUUAUAUAAGAGAAACUGUCUUAGAAAUAAACACCAGAGUCGGAAGUAUGAAU